UGUAGCACAGGCGUUUCUGGUCGAUUCCAAGCAGACCAUCUUCUGGCAGUGUGUUGCGAGUCACGCCACGAAGUCAAGCAGCGGGUGGUAAUCAGCAAAUCCAGGAGAACGACGGUUUAAUGGCCGACCGAACGAACUUGAACGCAGCGAUCGAGAAAUUCCACUUCCAAUUACUCAUGCGAGCCUACAACAGCGAAGACGUGUUCUAUGUUGCCCUUCAUCACCUCCAAGCGAACUGGCCAGGAAUGUUCAACAAAGUCAUGAAUACUACAAGAUGCACAACGCCUAUGGAGCCGAGGCGUCGAAAAUUCCAUAGCUCAAGGGCCAAAACAAGCCCACCCCAAGUGGCAGCAAUCAAAAUGAACUCAAAAAUAGUGCUCAGAACAACUGCGGCAGCCGAAUUAGCAAUCUAGGGUUUGACGAGGCAAUCAUCGAAACACUAUGCUGGCUACUGACGAUGAGCUCUGGAAGGAGUUCAAACAAUGUUGAAGGCUCCUCAAGAGCUGGGCAGACCGAACAAGAUAUGUCGG